AUGAGUCAUCAUUCCAAAUUUGAUGGCAGCCCUGGGCUUAAUUUCCUUCUUUUCUUUGUCAGGUUCAUCCAUGACAGAAGUUACGCUGAAGAUAUGGGCUCUUUGGAUGAGACAGAUGAACCACAGAACCAACACACGAUGGGAACAGACCAGUCCCAGAACGUAGAACAGAAUCCGCAGUACAGCUGGGCUGCUCUCUGGAAUGUUAUGACAAUAGGGGGCAGUAUUUGUCUUCUUGCCCUCUCACAAAUUCUAGUAAGUCCUUCGGUUAAUUUUAUUGUGUUCUGCACUCCAACUGUACACACUGUUUCUAUAACAUAAUAACUUUAAUAAGUGUCUGUUUUUAAAGAGGUUGAUUUUAGACUUGUGCAAAAAUUUGUUUGAAGCGAUUCAUCCGAAUAACAUUUUUGUUAAUCGAUACUAGCCCAAAUCUAUUCUAAAUUGUUUUAAGUCUAAUUUUACCAUUGAACAAAUCAAAUAAUUAAUAACCAAUUAAUUAAAUAACCUGCAGUUUUACCUAUGGACUUUACAGGUGAGAUUGAUUCAGAAUCAGUUCAUUUGACAAAUUGGACAAAUUGAUUAUUUCUGCACAUGUAGUUGGUAGAGAUGUCACGAACCGUCCGCGAACUUCUCGCGAACGGUUCGCCACGGUUCGCGGCGAAUCGUUCGUGGCGAACUCCGAUCAGCUGACACAUCCCGGCCAAUCUCCAGCAGACCCUCCCUCCCAGACCCUCCUACUUCCUGGACAGCAUCCAUGUUGAAGGCAGCUUCAACAUGGAUGCUGUCCAGGAGGUAGGAGGGUCUGGGAGGGAGGGUCUGCCGGAGAUUGGCAGGGAUGUGUCAGCUGACCGGAGUUCGCCACGGACGGUUCGCGACAUCUCUAGUAGUUGGCAUAAUCAGUUUUCUUUUUUCAAACUUUGCUUUUUUAACCCCAAAUUUUUUAAGAUAUUCUUAAGAUAGAUAGAACAUUACAACUUGUGCAUGUUUUUCAAAUCGUGUCCAAUGCUCAGCUGGAAAAUCAAGAACAAUUUCAUUAUGGAAUCUCUUUAUUUUAAUUGUUACAUUGGCUGGAAAGAGACAUGUGUCCAUCAAGUUCAGCCUUUACCAUAUCUGUUUUUUGCUGUUGAUCAAAAUAAGGUGACAAAACCCAAUUUGAAGCACUUCUAAUUCCUUCUUGAACCCAGAAUAGCAGUUAGAUUUUUCUUUGAUCAAUUUAAAAUAAUUUAAAAAUACUAUCAUUGAAUAUUAUGUUUUUGCAAGUAUGCAUUCACUUGCUGUUUAAACAUCUAUACAUAUUCUGACAAAACCAUCUCUUAAGACAGAGAAUUCUGAACAUCCUUAGUGUUCUUACUGUGCAAAAAAACUUUCCUUUGCCUUAGACUAAAUUUCUUUUCUUCCAGUCUAAACAUGUGUAUAGUUCUUUUUGUGAAUCAAAUGUUCUGAUUAUUACUAACUAUUCCUAACACUAAAUACUAACUAGUCUGGUGUUACAGAAAGCUGUAAUAAUAAUAAUAACUAAAUUCACACACAAAAAAACAUUAUAUGCACAGAACCAGGAAAAUAAGAAGCAAUGUGAUAUUUUGCCUUUAGCCUCAAUUAUUUUUUAUUGAAAUUUUUUUAUUAUUUUUAAGUUUUGACAAACAUUUAACGAGCAUGUUAAGCACGAUAAAUAUUUGACAAUAUAUAACAACAAAACAAUACAAGACAGUACAAGACAACUUGCUUACUUUAAAAUAAGGUAUAUUACAUAGUUAGGAAAGAUUUAAAUUAAUUUAUCAAUAUAAUAAUUAUAAAGUUUAUGACCUUAAACUGCGUCUUUUAUCUUUUGGAUCCACUGUACAUAGUGAUGUAUAUGCUUAAGAUUGUUAUUAGAAUAAGCAACUCCUUUCUCCAUUUUUAACUGAUAUAUAAGUUGUUUUUUUAAUAAAUAAAUAUCUGGAGUUGAUGUCUGUUUCCACGCUCUUGCUAUUACUAUUUUUGCAGAAAUGAAAAAAUGUAAAGUCCGAAUUUGUUGAAUUUUUGGUAAAUUGUUCCAUUUGAUAUGAAGCAAACCAUUUUCUGGGGAUUUCUUUAAUUUUAUAUUAAAGAAAGACAAAAUGUGAUAUAUUGAAUCCCAGAAUGUUAUUAUUUUUGGGCAAUUCCACCAGAUAUGAAGCAUAGUUCCUUCGUGGGCUAGACAUCUCCAGCACAAGGAAGAAUUUAAUGGAGAUAUUUUUGCUAGCCUAGUUGGAACUGGGUACCAUCUACGAAGUACCUUAAAGCAGGUCUCUAUUAAAUUAAGACAAUGUAUGUAUUUUUUCACAACUUUCAAUGAAGAGCACCAUUCUUUAUCAUUGUUUUUUGGCUGUGGGUUGUACAUUUGUAUAUAAUUGUCUAAAUAAAUCCAUUGUGAUGGAACUGACUGAUUUAGACUCCUUUUAAAAAAAAAAAAUUUUUAAAUAUAAGGUUUUUACUGUUUCCCUCAUUCUUAAUAAGAGAUUCUUUAAGGAACCCUCUCACUCUCAGAUAAUUAAAGAUUUUUUGAUAUUUUGCCUUUAAUUCUCUAAAUCAUGUUAAAUUGUUUUAAAUGACAAUUACAUAGAAAAAUAAAUAACACCCCAGGAAUUAUUUAUCCUUGGGAUAAAACUCUGACAAGCUUAUUCAGUGAAUUAAGAAUAAGGAAUUGACAGUAAAUUUCAAAGAAACAAACUAAAAUACACAAACUAAAAGCAUAACUGACUCAUAGAACUUUUAAUUUCAAGUAUUUUUGGCUUCGAAAUUGAAAUUCAGUUUGCUUACCUGUAAUUUCUCACCUUAGUAAAUAGCCCUGUGAGAAUUGGUAUUUCAUUGACUGUUCCCUGCUGUAAUGAUAUUCAGCAACUGCUUAUCCCUGGUCCACAUUCGCACUCUGACCCUUAGUUCUAUGUAGAUACCAAAUCAAAUCAACGUCAGCAAGGCUAAAAUAAAGUAACAAAGAUAUUUAAAAUAAAAAGAACAUGCAGAAUUAUUUUUUUAAAAAAAGAGGAGUAUUAGAAAAAACUGAAAAUAAACAGUUGGACAUAUAUCAAUCUUUGUACUUUUCCAACAGUCCUCCCCCUUAUUGCUGGCAGACCUAAACCUGGCAGUGGGUGUUUAAUAGUGUAUUACAACCAUGUAAUGAAUCCAAUAUUAGAAUAUUCUUUAGAUAUUCUGAUGAAAUGAGUAAGGUUGUGUUUUGUUUUGAUUUUUCUGUUAUUGUUCACCAUAAAAUAUGUUUGCAUGCAUCAUAAAAAUGUUUGCAUAUUAAUGCACAGACGUCUACUAAAAAUAUGUUUAUGCUGUUUUGCUAUGGCAAUAAACUGAAGUUCCCAUUAGACGUGCAAAAAUUAGUUUUAACACAUUCAUCUAAAUAAAAUUUUUAAAAGCCUUAAAACCGCCGAACAAAUCGAUUCCGAAUUCCAUUCAUUCACAUAUCCGAGUUAACAACUUGAAUAGUCUGAAUCAAAAUCAUCUUUGUGUGCAGGUUAUUGGGUGAUUCAGUUAAUUAAUUUGGAUAUAUGAAUGAACCGAAUUUUGGAAUCAAUGAACUCAGGGAGUUUAAGGAUUUUAUUCAGACUAAUGCAGGGCUGCCCAACAGGUAGAUCCCCAUAUGUUGUGGAACUAUAACUCCCAUGAUACUUUGCAUGCCUUUAGAAUGCAUUUAGAAUGACAAAGCAUCAUGGGAGUUGUAGUUCUACAACAUCUGAGGAUCUACCUGUUGGGCAGCCCUGGACUAUUGCCUUAAAUGUUUUUAAACAUGUCUAGUUUUGUGGUAUAUUAGAUCCAGAAAUAUUUUCUUAAUCAUUGCUCCAACAGAUGUUAAUUCUGUUAACCUAACUCAGUCCUCAUGGAUCACCAACAGUCCAGGUUUUGUCACUAUUAUUAUUAUUAUUAUUAUUAUUGCAAUUUAUAUAGCGCCAACAGAUUCCGUAGCGCUUUACAAUAUUAUUGGGGGGGUGGGGGGGAAUUUGACUAUAAAUAGGACAGUUGCAAGAAAACUUAAAGAAAUGAAGGGUUGAAGAGGGCCCUGCUCAAACGAGCUUACAGUCUCUCCAUUUGAAUGAAGAAGGGAAAUGCAUAAACCCUGGACUGUUGGCGGUCCAUGAGGGCUGGGUUGGGGACUAGCACAACUAGCACAACUGAGGUCUACCAUAUUUUUAGGGAAUCAUUUUCUAAACAUCAUCUUGUGUAAUGUAGUCAAAAAUAGCACAGUUGAUGUUUCUUCCAAUCUUGGCUUAUUUUGGACUUAAUUUUACCAGUAGUUUUGCAACUCACCAUGAAUUAGUCUUAAUAAUUUGUUUAAUUAAUAGACCAGUUAGGCCAAGAAUACAAUGACCUUAAAGGGAUUCUAUAGUGCCUGGAAUACAAAGUUCUAUUCCUGGCACUUUAACACGGGAUAUAAGUUACUAGCUGUUAAAGGAAGGAAAUGCUGAAUUGUUCAAACCUUGGCAACCAAAGGUUUAGUCCUUUCAAGGUUUCAUUAUAAUUGCAGAAUUUAAAUUGUAUAGAAUAUUUACAGAAUUUUUAAUUUCACAGUUGUACUCAAUGAUUUGGAAGAUGCCCAAAAUUGUCCGGAAUUGCAUCUUGCACACUCUCCCUCUGCAAAAAUGUGAUUACUAUAUAGAUAAAAGUCAUUUAAAGAUAGGGUAGGUGCCUAUAAGCAGUUGCCUACUCUGGCUACCGGUGUGUUCUGCCCUGGUAAAACCUCAGGAUGUGAUUGAUAUGUAGUGAAAGCCAUAUUGUUGUUUAAUUUUCUGGAGCCAGUAGCAAUCAGUUCGAUCUCUGGACUCCGCUAUAGAAAUAUAAUGUUUUAAAAUAAACAAAUAAAAGUUUAUAAUUUGAAAGAGUGGGAACAUUAGGGAAGAAAAUACUUGGCAUCACGCUUUGCCAUGUCUGCAUGCCUAAAAUGUUGGCACAAAGAAUUUGCUGCGUUUAUGACAUUUAUGCUAUUGUCCUCUAAGUGCUCCAUACAGGGAAUUGGAUGGGAUUCAAACUGAGUUUCACAUUUUAGAUCAGAAUUGCUAAAGUAAAAUCGUAAAAUUUUUCUGUGUCGGCUAUUUUGGUCUUAAAUGUGAAAACCACUUUGAAUUCACUUUGCAUUCCCAAUAAUUCUCACCUUAUUGAAUAAACCUGGUUUGUUUAUGAUUGUCUUGUGAUGAUACACAUAGUAGGCCAUUGGCUUCAGGUCCUUAUGGGGUCUAUAGAUAAAAUUGAAAGAGGCCUCUACAGGCCGAAACGGUGCACUUUUUGUUUCAAGAAACCUGCCUCCCUACAGCAAGUUCCUGGACCUAAUUUAUUUUAUCUACUAAACUGGGUUUUGCCAACCAUGGUCCUGAUAAGCACCGGGAUUCCUAAGUGUGAGUGCGUUAUCCUCAGUUUGAGAAUUACGUAUGGGUUCUAUUGACCAAACAGUAAGCUGAAAUUAGUGGAACCAAUUUAGAAAUUUAACUCCAAAAGAGAACUGGAGUUUGAGGGAUUUUUUUUGCAAACCAGUUGUUUUGACCUAAUUUUUGUCCACAUACUGUAAGGUAAGACACCUUUGUGUAAGGGAUAUUAAUUACCAAAUAAAUAAAAUGAUAAAGAUAUACCUCUUUCUGCCUUAUGAAAAAAUAAUUGAAAAAUCUAAAUUCUUUACCAUGUACGUUCUACUAUGACAAUAUUCACAUAAUCAAACAAUGCAACGUUUAUAUGGGCUUUGUACAAGAUAGUGAAAUUACAGUUAGACGUGCUGAAUCUGGAAAAAUCUCAGCACAAGCAAUAAAGCCUUAUUAAUACCAAACAGCCUUGAUAUGGCAUAACUCCCUUUUCGAGUGUGUAAGAGAAGCAAUAUGACAUGAAAACACAAAGAGCAUCCGUAAUGCAAUAGUGAAGCCCUUCUAAUUUUCCAGAUGGGAGUCUAAAUGAGAUUUAUAUACAGACCAUAUGGAGCCUCCAACCAAAUUCUAGGAUUGAAAUAAAAUCAAUCCUUGAGUCAUAAAACUCUAUGAAUGUCAUUUUUAAUGAGAGAGUCACAUUCUGGCCAUGGUGAUACAUUCACAUCUAUAUAUUCUGGGUGUUAAUGUUUUGUAAUACGUAUCUGUGCGUAUAUAACAGCAAGUUACUUGCAAUUUAUCUGGUUUGUCCUAUUCUUGCACAUAAAAAAGAUGGACAGACACACAGACAGAAAGACGGACAGACAAUGGACAGACUGAUGGACAGACAACAGACAGAAAGACAGAUAGAUAUACACAAAUACAGACAGACAGACAAUUGAUAGACAGACAGACAAAUGAUAGACAGACAUAUAGACAGACAGACACAUAGGCAACCAGACAGACAGUCAAUGGACAGAUAGACAACAGACAGACUGACGGACAGACAAUAGACAGACAGACAUUUAGAUAUACACAAAUACAGACAGACAAUUGAUAGACAGACAUAUAGACAGACAAAUGAUAGACAAACAUAUAGACAGACAGACAGACACAUAGACAACCAGACAGACAGAUAAUUGAUAGACAGACAUAUAGACAGACAGACAGACAAAUGAUAGACAGACAGACAUAUAGACAGACAGACACAUAGACAACCAGACAGACAAUUGAUAGACAGGCAUAUAGAUAGACAGAAAGACAUAUAGACAGACAGACAGGUAACGGAUAGGUUCUCUAUCAAUUCUCUGUCUGCAAUGGGUUAGAGAAGUCUGGUCCAUCGCUGAAGAGCCAGAUCCUGCCCUGUUAUCAAUUUCUUUGCUUCUGACUCAGCAUUACUUAGUGGAAGUGACAUGGACAAUGUGUUUAACAUGAUUCUGCUCAAUACAUCUAUCAAAUUUCUUUUACAGGACCUGACGACACUGCAAAGCGGAUUAUGGAAAAUUGAGAUGCCCGGUAUAUUUUUGGUGAUCCUUUUCUUUGCCGUUGCUCUUAUUGGCUCCAUGGUAAGCUGACGCAGUGACAUUUUCAAACUUUACUUUCACUUGCAACAACAAAGUCUCCCAAAAUCUUUCGAAAACAAUAUAGGGCUACGUGGUUAUUUACCAAAGUGGGGAUUAUCUGAAAUUCUAAACUAAUUUCAAACUUAAAGCAAAAGUAGCCAAAUUGUUACAGUUAUUCUUACAGUUCAGCUACUUAGUCUACUGUGGCGUUAAAUUUUAAAUUCAUUUUGAAUUCACUUUGAAUUCCCCACUGAUCUCACUAUAGUAAAAAAGCCUGAGAUGUAUUUCAAUUCACAGAUAAAUAAUACACAAUAUAUGUAACAGGGUUGAUGUUCCAGGAGGGAUAAGCCAAAUGAUUUAGGUAAACUAGAAAAAUGGUCAGAAUUGUGGCAACUGACAUUUAAUGUGGAUAAGUGCAAGAUAAUGCAUCUUGGACGUAAAAACCCAAGGGCAGAGUACAGAAUAUUUGAUAGAGUCCUAGCCUCAACAUCUGAGGAAAGGGAUUUAGGGGUGAUUAUUUCUGAUGACUUAAAGGUAGGCAGACAAUGUAAUAGAGCAGCAGGAAAUGCUAGCAGAAUGCUUGGUUGUAUAGGGAGGUAUUAGCAGUAGAAAGAGGGAAGUGCCCAUGCCAUUGUACAGAACACUGGUGAGACCUCACUUGGAGUAUUGUACACAGUACUGGAGACCGUAUCUCCAGAACGAUAUUGAUACUUUAGAGAGGGUUCAGAGAAGGGCUACUAAACUGGUUCAUGGAUUGAAGGAUAAAACUUUCCAGGAAAGGUUAAAGGAUCUUAACAUGUAUAGCUUGGAGGAAAGACGAGACAGGGGGGAUAUGAUAGAAACAUUUAAAUAUAUAAAGGGAAUCAACACAGUAAAGAAGGAGACUAUAUUUAAAAGAAGAAAAACUACCACAACAAGAGGACAUAGUCUUAAAUUAGAGGGACAAAGGUUUAAAAAUAAUAUCAGGAAGUAUUACUUUACUGAGAGGGUUCAGAGAAGGGCUACUAAACUGGUUCAUGGAUUGCAGGAUAAAACUUACCAGGAAAGGUUAAAGGAUCUUAACAUGUAUAGCUUGGAGGAAAGACGAGACAGGGGGGAUAUGAUAGAAACAUUUAAAUACAUAAAGGGAAUCAACACAGUAAAGGAGGAGACUAUAUUUAAAAGAAGAAAAACUACCACAACAAGAGGACAUAGUCUUAAAUUAGAGGGGCAAAGGUUUAAAAAGAAUAUCAGGAAGUAUUACUUUACUGAGAGGGUAGUGGAUGCAUGGAAUAGCCUUCCAGUUGAAGUGGUAGAGGUUAACACAGUAAAGGAGUUUAAGCAUGCGUGGGAUAGGCAUAAGGCUAUCCUAACUAUAAGAUAAGGCUAGGGACUAAUAAAAGUAUUUAGAAAAUUGGGCAGACUAGAUGGGCCGAAUGGUUCUUAUCUGCCGUCACAUUCUAUGUUUCUAUGUUUCUAAGAUCCAGCGCACUCACUCAUUCACUAAACAAUGAUUUCAAAUCUUAAUAGUGCUUAUACGCCAGCUUUACAAAAAAAAAUUAAAAGAAAGCGUGUUGUCAAUUGGCAUUUUGUUGUUUUGUUUAUUUUGUUUAUUUAUUUUUUUCCCAAUUAUAAAAUGAAUUAGCAAAUAGAUUCAAUUAAAAUACCUUGUGUUGUGGAAGCAGAGAGGUAGAAUCAUACAAGUCAGCUUUUAUCAAACACAUUUGAUUUUUUUUUUAAUUAUUAUCUACUCUGCGAUUAUUUUACCUACAACAAAAGGAUUUCACGUUACCCAGUAGUGUGAAAAACAACAAGAACUGAAUGCUUCCACUGUGUUCUAGAUGAGGCUUGCAGUCAGCCACGUUAAAUUAAACACAUGUCUUCCUACAAGGCUAAAGAGAAGCUAACAAUGGGAAUGUGAGUGUAUGUCUGUUUGAUGCAUGCACGAACGCUCGUGUUGUUGUUGUUGUGGAGCGUAGAUCUUUCCUGUUCUGUCCAAAGUCCAAAAGCAGGUUUUUCCUCUGCCAGACAAGGUCAACAUUGGGUUUCAGUUUUUAACUUUUAAUUGUAGAUAUGGUAUCUGAGAUCCCACAGUGAGCCAGUCCUCUCUGAGGAUCGCCGCCAGUCAGUGAGCCGCCAACCAUCUUUCACGUACUCUGAAUGGACCGACGACAAAACAGAGGAGUUUUUAGACUUUGAUCCAGUUCCAGACACUCCUGUUUUUGACUGCUUAAUGGAUAUCAGAGGGGAUACCGAUUUAGGGACCCUGUCUGUCAAACCCGUGGGGUUGCAGGAGAGGUAAGUUACUUUGACGUGCAGUUCAACGCUCACAGAAAAAAAUCCUUUGAAAAAAUCUUGCAUGUUCCCAUACUUGGCUUUCUGCACUAAACUGAAAAUUAUUUUCUUGAUCGUUAUUGUCCUUUAUUCUUUAGUCAUCUCCUUACUGUCACCUUCAGUCUAUUUUGAAAGGGGGUUGAUUCCUAAAAUUCUCAUGCAAUUCCUUUUAAUACUGCAUCAGGUAUAAAAAAUAGAAUGUGAUCUACUUACUGUGCAAUAGAACAUGACAGCAAAUGUAUAGAUGUAUAGACGCAACCACCCUCUCUGUUAACUUCUUUCAGCCAUCACUUCCAAAUUCCCCCUGCUACCUUCUGUCCAAAACGGCAUUAUAUCCUUUAGACUAAGCUCCUGGGUUAUCUAGUGGCUAGAUCACUCUUUACCUUUUGUAUUUGUCUGUGUACAUUGUAUGUUAUGUGCGGAAUAUGUUGGUGCUUUAUAAAUGCCAGUAAUAAAUAAUAUAUGUCAAUAAUAAAGUUUGCACAUGUCAUUGCAAAGCAAAAUUAAAUUUAGCUCAUAAAGUCCAACUGUUAUUUUAGCUCUGCAGAGGAGCAAAUUGUUCUGCAAUUGUGUACUGUUGUUUCUCUGUAGAGAAACUAUAGAUAGCAUUUUUUUUAUUCCUAUCUAACACUCAGCUACUUUUGUAGCUCAAAAUUCUGCAUUCCAAGAAGGAGUGUGGGGGAAAGCUCUGAACACAGUGAGCACAUUGACAGCGAGAUUAGCCUGCAACGCAUUGUAUUGUUCAGAUGUCUCGUUUAACUGUACUUACUGUAUGCACAUCUUAUGUCCAUAUUCAGACAUUAUUUUUAUUUUUGUCAUUCUUUAUUUUUGCCGUGCUUAGAGUUACAAACAGGCGUGUGUUGCCAAAACAGCAGGUAAAAGCUAAUGAAAAAAUACAGAGUAAACAAUAUCAUGGCAUUCAAUAACGGCACAAUGUUUAGUUAAGUAAAAUACACAAAAUAAGCAUCUAGCAAGUUAGUCUAGUAGGCAGGCAGAACAGUAGCUGUGGCAGACUUAACUUAUGGAGUAUUGAUUACUCCAUAAUUGAAAGGCAUUGGUAUAAUCACUGGGUUAAAACAUAUCUAGCUUGGUAGUAAGGUUUCUCAGCCAGCUUUAACCAAUAGUGAUAUUGUACAGAUUCCACUGUGACUGAGCAUCCUAGCAAUAAUGCCUCGUAUGAAAGAACUAACAUAAAAUAAGCCAGCAUGUCGAAAAUAAUAACAACAGUGGGCCCAUAGCUAACAAGAGUCACCAUCACCCGAUUCCCAUUGCUGGGAUGUGACUGGCACCUGCAUGGAGGUAAUGUUGAGGUGUCGCAAUUUGAGGGUAUUCCAUGGGUAAAUCCGAGAAAGCACUGCUGGUAAGGGCUCUUCACGAGUCCCAUGCCUGUGUGGAAGUCGGCAGCACUGGAGCCUGGGUGUUCCCUGGGUCUGAGUCCAUCCCCUGUCUGGGACUAGUAGAGGCUUGAAGUGAGGGAUGCCGUUUACGGCAGGUGAUCCUCCGCCUGCAUGGCUGAUACAUUGGGGCAGUGCCUCAGGAGAUUCUCAGCUUAGGCAUGCAGACAACAGGGUGAGUAAGUCCCUUCCCCGUACAGGCAUCCGUAGAGACCCAACUCUCUCCCUCUGUCAUGCUUUCCAUGGUUCCUUCCAGCGGCUGAUACAGAAUAGCUUGUGCAUGAUUUUGAAACUUCAGCCAGAAGUCUUGGAGCACCUCAUCUAGUCUCAGCAAGAUGCGAUCCAAGGAGUUCUGAUGCGACAAAUGCAGGCCCUGCGCUUCAAGUGAGGUGGCAGCCACGAGUGCCUGUCACGAGUUGUGUGCCACAGAUCUCACAGACCGAGGGAUUGAGGGACUACUUUAGUUAUAUGCAACAGUUAAGUGGGGACAGGGAUAACCCCCGCCGGUCCAAAGGGGGGAGGAGGUUCGAGAUAUCACACAGCUAGCAGGAGAGCGGGGAGAGUGGGGAGAGCGGGGAGAGUGGGGAGAGCGGGGAGAGUGGCGGCCUCUCCCCAGCUUCAAAGCUCAUAGGCCUCAGUGCUGUACCCAGAGCUCCUGGUCGUUUGGAAAUCCGAGUGAGGGCUCAUACGAUUUGGCAGGGCACUCCUGAUAUGGGUAGUGCACUGUGGUGUUUGUGGUGACUUGAUGUCUGGAAAUAUUCAUGGUAAAAAAAAAAUUGUAGUUAAGCACUUUUCAUGUAAAACCCACCAUGAAAAUCAAUAGCAAAAGAAUUUGCGCCUCAAUAUUAACAUAGCAAAUGAGUACUGAAACCAUUACUUUAUAUAUAGAAAAGUACAAGACUAACAUAUAGACAUGAAAGUAUUAACAAACAAUCUCCAAAAAUAAAUAUAUCCAGAUUAAGGCUUCCUACUUAACAAUAUUUAGAUAAUUUUUCUACGCUAGUACAACUGGUUCACUGGUCAUAAUUUUAUAAACAAGUCAUGCCACUUCUUUUACAUGAUGAUACAUGGGUCCCCAUAUUAUUAUUAUUAUUUAUAAAGCACCAACAAAUUCCGCAGCGCUGUAAAAUGGGUGGACUAACAGACACGUAUUUGUAACCAGACGAGUUCGACACACAGGAAAAGUGGGGUAUAGUGACACAAAAGGUAAGGGUAGGGUAGAAAAGUAGGUUGUAGGAUAGUUUUCACUGAGGGCUUAGUGGUUUUUUUUUAUGACAGUUGCAGGAGAGGAAUCAUGGUGUGGGGAGAGAAAGCUGUUCACAGUUUAAUUGAUACGCUUUCCUGAAGAAGUAAGUUUUCAAAGAUUUUUUUUUGAAGGAGUAGAGAAGUUUGAAGUCUAACAGAGAGGGGAAGGGCGUUCCAUAGGAAUGGUGCAGCCCUAGAGAAUUCUUUUAGGUGAGCAUCACAGGUAGGAGUACGAACAGAGGUUAGACGUAGGUCUUCGGCAGAGUAUAUGGGCCUAGACAGGACAUAUUUGUGUAUUAGGGAGGAUAGGUAGUGUGGCGGAACAUACCACUAAUUUUGCAUAUUUUAUCUUUUAUCCGUUCGGGAGUUAUGGUAUCCGAAUACUUUACAUUCUACUCCCAAACGAGGAGUAGGAGGAGGAGAAGGAACGAGGACACCCUGGUACUCCAUUAGAACGUUCUCACCUUGUAAAUUAAGUGCGAAAAUGCAGGGGAAGUAAUAAAUGAUUGUUUCUCCUGGGUGGCCCCAUUUCUUAAAACCAAAUGCAUGUGGUUGGCAGAACAGUGGCAGCAUUUUGUCUCCCGAACAUGGGCAGCGGCACUUGGUCAUUGAGUGCCUGGAACUCUUUUCGACUUGGUACUUGCACGCUACCCGUUCUAUUUCCCAACCAACUGUGCGAACGACGUUCGGGAGAUGGAAACUACCAACAGGGGGGAGCAUUUGUUCACUGAAAUCAAGAAAUUCUCUUGCCUGGUUUUCGCACAAGAACCCCAGAACAGAGACCAGCCAGGGCACCUAUUUCCCUGGAACUGUUUUGGGCUGUUCCCUCCUGUCCAGCCGGUCAAAACUUUACUACGGUGGAAAUCCAAUUCUACCAAGUGAUACUUGGCCAGAUUAUACACUCAGAUCAGAGAUAUCCGGGAUAUAACUGUUGUGGGGUUCCUAGUUAUGAUGGGGGUACUUUUGGGGUACUGUAUAUUUUGUAUAGGUUUUUUGUACGUGAGAGAUAAUUGAAUUAUAGUUUUUUCUCACGCAAUUAUCUCUCAGGCACAAAAAACCCUAAGAAGGAAAACUCUGCAAUGUUGUAUUGGAGACCCCAUGUUAGGAGUCUGUGCAUAAAAGCCGUCUGAAUAAAAUCAGUUGGCUCCCAGAACUAUAUUUCGUCUUGUUACUGGGGGAAUGGAUGCUUGUAUAUUUAAUGGUUCUUGUCUGGCUGAGAGGAGGAGUUAGCGGAGGUAACCAGUUGGUUUGCCCGGGGUCCGCUACAGGUAGAUUGGAGCAGCAUUGUGUAGAGAUUUGUAAGCAAAUACCAGGAUCUCAAAUUGAGCCCUAUGUAGGGACUGACAGAGGGGGGAGGCGUGGGAGGUGCGGGUGGACAGGAAGAUGAGCCUUGCCACCGCAUUCAUUAUAGACUGUAACGGGGGAAGUUGUGAACAUGUAAGACCACUGAGAAGUGGAUUACAGUAGUCAUGGUGAGAGAGGACAGCAGCAUGGACAAGCACCUUAGCCACAUCAGGCGUUAAAUAGAAAUGGAUGCGCACUGCGUUUUUGAGAUGGAAGUGGCAGGAUUUGGCAAUUGAUUGGACAUGAGGGGUGAAGGAGAGGUCAGAGUGAAAGAGAACACCUAGGCAGCGAGCCUGCGAGGUAGAACGGAUGGUAGCACCAUUGACUUGGAGGGAAACAGUCAAGGGAGUAGCAACGCUUGAGGAAUGAAAGACCAGAAGUUCUGUUUUGGACAGGUUAAGUUUAAGGAAAUGAGCAACCAUCCAGUUGGAUAAAGCAGAGAGGCAGUCUAAGACACAAGUCAAGAGGGGUGGUGAGAAAUCAGGGGAGGACAGGUAGAUUUGUGUGUCAUCUGCAUAAAAAUUAUACUGAAAGUCGAAGGAGCCAAAGAGUUUACCAAGGAAGGCAGAGUAGAUUGAGAACAAUAGGGGACCAUGAAUAGAACCUUGGGUAACACCAACAGAGAGGGAUUGGGGAGAGGAGGCAGAGCCAGAAAAGAAACACUAAAAGAGUACUGGGAGAGGUAGAGGAGAACCAGGAGAGAGCGGUAUCUUGUAGACCGAGAUUACAGAGGAUGAGAAGAAGCGAGAAACAUUUGGGGUAAUUUGUAUACAUAAGUCAUCUGAAAAUAUUUGUUGCAAAUUUAUGAUAACGAAUACUAAAAAAAUAGGGCCAGUUGAAAUGAAUGAAAGGAUUAAUCUACUUUGGAUAUGUCUAUAUUCUUUUUUAUCGUACAGACGUGGGUCCAAUGUCUCCUUGACCCUAGAUAUGUGUACCCCUGGAUGCACAGAACCCUACGCUCACAUCAUGUCUCCCAGAGAGCAAUCAGCCCGGGAAUACCUUGAAACAGCAAGCAAUGUCCUAACAGAGGAGGAAUUGCAUGAGAGAGCUCUGGAUUCAUUCGCUCUCCAGAAGGAAUUUUUUGUGAGUUUUGUUUAGUUUUUUUUUUUUUUUUUAUAGUAUUAGGCUCUGCCUUUUUGUUUUUACUAGAAGUUGAUAAGUGCUUCCAGACUUGAGCACAUUGAGAAAAUUUGGCUCUGCCAAACUGUUUUCCUGAAAAUAGAAUAUUUUUCGGGACACUUGAAUUUUGGCCAAAUCAUAGUUCACUUCAGCAGAGUUUCGGAAUCGAAGAACAAAUUGCAUAAAUGAGCCAAUCCGAGUGCUACAAAAUAGGUACAUAAUAUAAUAUUAUGUAUAUAUUUUGCAAUACAUGUCAAGGAGCAAUUUCAAGUCAUUUGAUUCACAGACGAAGUGAAAAAAGUAACUAAUAAAGGAAAAAAUGGGAAGAGCAGUAAAAACAAUAUAUACAUUUAUUAAAUAUAUAAUAUUCAAAUAUAGAUUUUCUACGGCUCCUCCUUUAUACCUUGUAUUGCUCACUUCUCACUUGAUAAAAUCAAAAUUUUGUGAUUAUUCCCUAUCCAUCAAUCCACAUUUUUUACCAUCAAUAAUCUUUUGAAAAGAUCUUUUAAAUUCUACCUACUUGGACUACACUUUAAAAGUUGGCUGUCAGCUCUCUGUUUGACAAAUAGACCUCAUAAUAUCUGAAUGAUGAAUCUCCGAAUUCGAAGGAAGCCUUGUGCUUCCCCCAUGAAACAGAAACUUUUUGUAAACUGUUUCUUUUCCCACAAAAUUAUGACCAUAGAAUGUUUUUGUAAAUUUGUUUAACAAUUUAACAAUUAACAUCAUAAGUUAUAAAAACACUUUUUUUUCUUUCCCUAGGAAAUACCAAUGAAUUUUGUGGAUCCAAAAGAAUACGAAAUAUUGGGUUUAGUAAGAAAAAACAGAUACAAAACAAUACUACCAAGUAAGACUCACGUCAUUGAUUUUAAAAAGAAAAAACUUCAAUUUUCUAUUAUAAAAUUGUAGUUUAUUUUGGCAUGAUUGUUCUACUCUUGCUUUCUGUGCUAUUCCUGGGUAUUCUGCAAACUUAGUUAGAUAUUACUUAAUUUUGUUCAAUGUUUUGACCCUCUCUGGUUUCAAAAUCUUGAAAAAAGAUCUGUAAGGGUCAAAAUAUUGUUCACUGUAUGUAAAGUUGUGUAAUUCAAUAAAUCACAUUGGAUUCAUUGCUAUUUGUUGAUUCUCAAGAAUUAAACGCGGGAAAGUGUGUUAACGUGAUUUGUUACAAAUGAUUGCCAAGACAUAAUAUUUUAUUGUUUUGUAUAUAUGGGAGGAAUUAUGGACUUUAAUGUUUUAUUGUGUCUAAAAUAUCAGACUCAUUCUUGCAUCAUACAUUAGACGUGCAUUUUUACUUAGAAUUGUGUCAUUGCAAUAUGUUUGGAUAAGAUUUUCAAAUGAUCACAAUUUGUUUGAAAAAAUUUUCAUAUUAUUUAUCUACAACAAUUCCCGUAGAUUUUAAUGGUUACUUCUGUAGAUCAAUUAUUCGAAACGGUUUUCUAACAGAUUGUGAUCAUUUGGAAAAGUUGUUUAAAAUUGCAGAAUUUAUUUUAUGUUCUCUCUCUGUUAUAUUUUGCAGACCCACAAACCAGAGUGUGCCUUAUGACACCUGGUCAGGAAGAUGAUCCACUUAGUGCUUAUAUCAAUGCCAACUACAUACGGGUACGUUAAACCUUACUAACUCUACUAACACGUUUAUAUUUGUGAAUAAACUUUUCAAAUUAUUUAAUAUUUUUUAAUUCAUUUUACAAUUUUUUUUUAUCAUUUUUCAAAAUAUGAACUCAUUUGAGCUUAUCCAAAGUUGGCCAGCAUUGCAUUGAUCCUUGUUGACUGUAUUUGUCUCUCUGUCCCAGGGUUAUGGAGAAGUGGAAAAAACGUAUAUUGCAACUCAGGGGCCUACAGUCAACACCGUCACUGAUUUUUGGAAGAUGAUUUGGCAACAACGAUCUCCUAUUAUUGUGAUGAUCACCAACAUAGAGGAAGUCAAUGAAGUAAGAAUACUGCUGAUGGCAAAUCUACUUAUUUUACAUAUCUUCCAGAAAAGCCUAUGUAUUUAAUGUUUGUCUUUGGUAGAUAUAGACCUAUAAUUUUAAAUGCAAGACUAAACGGCAGACAGUAUCCCUUUAAAUAAAAAAUAAAAACAUCUCAUGAGAGGAUUAAGCCAAGUAGCUGUGUGUUAUAGAGUGGAUCUGAUCCGUUUUCUUUAGCUUGCUACUCUGCUUAUUAAUUAGGACAACAACAAAAACCACUAGAUAAACGGCAGAUUUUAUGGUUAUAUCAUAUGCGGUGUGGCAAACCUAGCCACUUGGACUAUAACUAGAGACUAUGCCUUUAAGGGUUGCCUAUAGGUCUGGGGAGAUAUGCGCUUUACUCUAUAUGUGUAUGCUUUAUGUAUUCUCUGCAUUGCCUGUAAUUGCCUUUUCCGCCGAAUGCAAAUGGCGGUUUGUAUGGGGGUUUUCUUUCGUUUCACGAACGGCACUUUGGAGGGCCGUUCGUGAACCGAACGCAAUACCCCUAAUAGCCCACACACUUAGAGGCGUGUGGCGCUAGUUAACCGAUUGCAACAAUGUUGCAAUCGGUAAUUAGAGGCUCUCCUGGGUGGCCGUCGUUCGACUACUGACCAUGCGGCGGUCGGCCAUCUUGGAUCCUUUGUUCCCUCAGCGGUGUUAGGUCGUCGAGCGCAUAGUACUAAAAACGGCUACUCGACGGCACGAACACCGCUGAGCUUCCAGGACGUUCGGGAGUUUCGGGCCAUUCGGGAUUUUGUUCCCUGAAAGCAAUCGGUCCUUUUUAUAUGUUUUAUAAGAAAUGUGUUUUUCGUGCGGCGUUCGGUUAUUUUAGCUGGGAUCUGAGCGGUAAUCUCACGAAUGAUGCGCUCAGACCCCAGCUAUCUACCGAACGUCCAUUCAUGUAAAUCCACCGUAUAUUAACCCAGUUAUGGAUUUUUGUAUAAAUUGUCGGUUCUGCUGCACGAGGGGAUAAUCCACUUAACGGUGUGUUCUGGGAGGAGGAUCCCUCUUGUGCAGCAGUGCCUGAUGGGAGAAAUAUGUUGUCAUGUUAGUCCCCUCUGGGAGUGCCCCUGGGAAGGGACUCAGGAAACCCCUUGCAUGGGGACUUGUAUAAAUUUUCCAGCCGAAUUAAAGGAUUUCAGUUGACUCUCAGAACUGUGUCUCGUCCGGUUACUGGGAGGUUGGGGAUAUUGCCUUGUUGUUUCAGCGCUUGACUGUGGAUUAUUUCCUGAACCAGCGGAAUUCGUGGAUUUAUUAUUGGCGUUCCGCUACACGCGGCAUACUGAUCUGUAGAGAAACCAUCGGUGUGAAGAAUAAAACAUUGCAAGAGUAGGUGUCACAAGGUAAAAAACCCCACCCACAGGGUUUAUGACAGCAAUGGACGAAACAAGGAAAUAACGUAUAACUGGGCCUUGGAAUGGCCGGACACAACAUUAGACAGAGAUAAAGGCACAGUCAAGAUACAAGCCGAGGUCAGGGUGACAGAGAGAAUGAGAACUAGCCAGAGUCAGGUACACUGUAAUCAAACAGGCAAACAACACAGAAAAAGGUUAAAGGUAAAUGCAUGGUAAGAAACAAAGCCAAGAUCAAUAUCAGAAUAUUACACAAGGAAUCAAGGAACACACUAAAGAGCAGAAACCACAAUAGGGCAAGGCAAAUAGAUGGGUUUAAAUGUUAAGUGGUACUUCGUUAUUGCUCCACAUCAUGAAUGUGACCCAAAACUGUACGUGAAUGGGGGCGCAGGACUGAUGUGGACCAAUUAGGGUCCAGUUGCUUUCAUUUCCUCUUUAAAAACACUCUUUGACUGCGAGCAGCAUUUUCCCCUUUAAGGGGCGGUCUGCGAGAAUGCACCUUGCAUCAGGCAAAAGCGGAUCGUAUCUUUUUUUCUUUUCCUUGCACAGAAGACCCCAACCAGGUAAGUAACGCUACAGUAAACAACUUAUCGGAGUACGUUACUAAACAAAACUUUUUUAUUGGGGAAACAAAUGAUUAAAGUACAACUUUUUGAGUGUAAAAUGAUAUAUGAUGCUGAAAGAAAAAGUUAAUUAACGACUUCAUAAACAGUAACAAUAUAUGUCUUCAUGCCUCGUCUCUCACAGUUUACUUUUUAGAAUCUAUUCUGAUACUGAAAAUGGUUCUAUACAAAAUGAAAAAAUUACGAAGAAGAAAGAGGACAACUGUGUCUUGCUUGCUGCUUUUAUUUGAAAUAUGUCUGAAUAAUUAAUUCCAUAAUACUUUAUAUAAUAUAAUUAUAGACAGUAAGGGCACAAAGGCCUUGAGUAAAAAAGUUUUCCGAAUGAUUCAAUACAGUUAGAAAUAUUAUUCCAAAUCAUUUAUCUACAGAAGUCAUCAUUAAAGGCUAUGGGAAUUUUUGUAGGUAAACAAUUUGGAAAGUUUUCGUCACUGCACUGAAUCAUUUAAAAAGCUUAUUACAUAAAAGUCAAUAUAAGGGAAAUCAGUUUGUGUUAAUUAAAAGAUUUUACAAUGACAAGUAAAUAUAUUUGUUUGGUAGCAUAUGAAAGAACUGAUGCAGAGAGACAAAAAGUAAGAUAAAUAAUAGAUCAUAGUUUUACAUGUUGUAUCCCCAGCCUUCCAAUUCUAGUUAUACACUAAAGUUAAAAUGUAAGGUUAAAGUAGCCAAACUAGAAAUAUUCUAUAUGUCAGCUAUGCUUUCCAUUCAACUACACUGGCCUUAAUAAUAAUAACAAAGUAUUAACCAGGAAAGGUACAUUCAGUUUGUUCUGGUUUCCAAGCAAGUCCUCGGGAUGUUAUUUUUGCCCAACAUCUAGAAAAUGUUAUUAUUGGCCAAUUUAAUUGUACUUUUAUCUAAUUAGGAAGGAUGCUUGGAAUUGAUCCUGCAAACCCCUUCUACCCCCAAUAUGAUAAAUUGAAUCCAAGACUUUUGUAAAGUAGCUGUUUUUUUCCUGUGCUUUCUCAGAUGUCUUGCUUUGCUGUUUAUUGUGCUCUCGUGUGGUAUACACAGACCUGGGCUUUUAAAUAAAUGGUAUUUUUUUUUGUGAAAAAUAUAUUUCUGAUCCCUUACCCAGAACUGAAGUCUAUCCAUGAUCAGUGAUCAUAUAUAAUUGGUAAAAUGUGCUGAAAAUAUAAAAUAAUGCAGCAAUUUUUACUGACUUGUGUUUUCUUUUAGAAAUGUACAGAAUAUUGGCCAGAAAAAGAAUCUGUCUAUGAUGGAAUUCACGUCACUGUUAACCACAUCAUACAGGAAGAUGCCUAUGUACUAAGACUGAUUACAUUAAAGGUUAGUUUUGAAGAAGUACUAUAUGUAUGUGUCCAUGAGAUCAGCUUAUUAUCUACAAUCAGGAACUCUGGACACUUUCCUGCAUCCUUCCAGCUCACCUUCUCUUUCCUGUUGGAUGAUGCAACCCUGAUUCCUCCGACAAUUUUUCCAGUUCAGCUGCUGCCCAAAAUGUUGGGUAAUUUCCCCUUGUGCGCAGGCACACAUUUAGAUGGUGCUGGAUUCAUGCAAACCAACAUUGCUGGCUAUAAAGGCUGUUUGAACCAGCGCCUAGGCAGCUUUCUUGAAAGGAAUGUCGAAAAGGGUAAUAGAGUAGAGUAUGAGAAUGUAUUAUUAUUACUGGUAUUUAUAUAGCACCAUCAUAUUCCAUAGUGCUUUACAAUAUUACAAAAGGGUGAGAUUUAAACAAAAAAUUAGACAAUUACAAAAACAUACAGGAACAAUAGGUUGAAGAGCACCCUGCUCAAACAAGCCUACGGUCUAGAUGAGGUGGGGUAUAAAACACAUUAGGACAAGAGAUAGCAAUCAAAUAAGGUGGGAGUAAAGCAGAGCUGGAGGAGAGAGUAGAGUGCCACCUUUUAGGAGAGAGCAAGAGACAGGUAUGGGAGGUAGUGGUUACUCUGGGAGGCUAUCAACUUUCUUGAAGAGAUGGGUUUUAAGGCGCACUUCUUAAACGAUUGAAGACUAGGGGAGAGUCUGAUGGCGGUACGCAAGCUAUUCCAUAGCAAGGGAGCCGCCCACGAGAAGUCCUGCAGGCGUGGGUUGGCCAGACAGGUGAAAGCAGCCAACAGGAGAAGGUCAUGGGCAGAGCGGAAAGACCGAAAAGGGGCAUACCUAUGGAUCAGUGAGGAGGUAUAAGAGCGGCUAGAAUUGUUCAGUGCUUUAUAGGUAUAAAUUGGUACUUUGAAUUUACUCCUAUAUGAUACAGGAAGCCAAUGUAAGGACUGACAGAGGGGUGAGGUGUGAGAGAAGUUACUGGAGAGGAAAAUCAGUCUGGCGGCAGCAUUUAUUACAGACUGUAACAGAGCAGUACAGCUUCUGAGAAGACCAAUUAGGAGACGGUUACAAUAAUCCAUGCAACAGAUUACUAGAGCAUGGACAAGCUGCUUAGUAGUAAAGAGUUAUGUAGUAGAGUAUUAGAAUAUAGUAAAGUGUUUUGUCGCAGAGUAUGAGAAUGUAGUAAACAGUUAUGUAUUAGAGUAUGAGAAUGUAGUAAAGUGUUAUGUAGUGGAGUAUGAGAAUGUAGUAAAGAGUUAUGUAGUAGAGCAUGAGAAUGUAGUAAAGUGUUAAGUAGUAGAGUAUGUGAAUGUAGUAAAGUGUUUUGUCGCAGAGUAUUAGAAUGUAGUAAAGUGUUACAUAGCAUAGUAUGAGAGUGUAGUAAAGAGUUAUGUAGUAGAGUAGGAGAAUGUAGUAGAGUUUGAGAAUGUAGUAAAGUGUUUUGUUGCAGAGUUUGAGAAUGUAGUAAAUAGUUAUGUAGUAGAGUAGGAGAAUGUAGUAAAGUGUUUUGUUGCAGAGUUUGAGAAUGUAGUAAAGUGUUGGGUAUUAGAGUAUGAGAAUGUAGUAAAGUGUUUUGUCGCAGAGUAUGAGAAUGUAGAAAUCAGUUAUGUAGUAGAGUAGGAGAAUGUAGUAGAGUUUGAGAAUGUAGUAAAGUGUUUUGUUGCAGAGUUUGAGAAUGUAGUAAAGUGUUGGGUAUUAGAGUAUGAGAAUGUAGUAAAGUGUUUUGUCGCAGAGUAUGAGAAUGUAGUAAACAGUUAUGUAGUAGAGUAGGAGAAUGCAGUAAAGUGUUUUGUCGCAGAGUUUGAGAAUGUAGUAAAUAGUUAUGUAUUAGAGUAUGAGAAUGUAGUAAAGUGUUACAUAGCAUAGUAUGAGAGUGUAGUAAAGAGUUAGGUAUUAGAGUAUGAGAAUGUAGUAAAGUGUUUUGUCGCAGAGUAUGAGAAUGUAGUAAACAGUUAUGUAGUAGAGUAGGAGAAUGCAGUAAAGUGUUUUGUCGCAGAGUUUGAGAAUGUAGUAAAUAGUUAUGUAUUAGAGUAUGAGAAUGUAGUAAAGUGUUACAUAGCAUAGUAUGAGAGUGUAGUAAAGAGUUAGGUAUUAGAGUAUGAGAAUGUAGUAAAGUGUUUUGUCGCAGAGUUGAGAAUGUAGUAAAGAGUUAUGUAUUAAAGUGUUAUGUGUCAGUGGGGAAUCCAUUAAUAUUAUACAUUAAACUAUUUUGUGGUCAUGACCCGAGGAGGUAUGAGACAAUAACCUAGACUAUAGCUCUUUAUUGUUUUGUGGUACAUUAAGUAUCGCUAAAGCACCCCUGCCAUGAAAAUAUAAGGAUUACUCAAAAAAAAAAAAAGUGUUUUUAGAAAACACUAGUUUUCUUCUGAGUAACCUUUCCUGUCCUAUAAUAAAAUAGCUUAAACUCAUUCCGAGGGGAGAACAUAGGUGGCAUAGAGGGAGGGCCAUGCCUCCCUUGUCUGUCUGUUGCCACCAUGCAGUGUGUGCUAACGACAGAUGCCAGACAUUCACAGAACUGGCAUUAACCCCUUAAGGAUGGAGCCAGUUGUACAAGUUGUGAUCAAAACAAUACGUUAACAAAACCUGGAAUUUGCACUAUAUGUUGUUCAACCAUAAUUCGCCUCUUUCAUAUUAAGUGCACCCACACUUAUUAUUUAUCAUUUUGUUCAGGGGAAACAGGGCUUUCAUUGCAUAUCAAAUAUUUAUAUAUGAAACAUAAGUGAAUGUGAAUAAAAUCUAAAAGAGUAUGAGAGUUUAAGAAAAUAUGUUAUUUUUCAAGUGCUACAUCACAUUUUUACUGUGAAUGUCAUAAUAAAGUUAGAUUUUACUGCAGUAAAAUAUUUGUUUUCAGCAAUAUCUCAGGAAUACCACAGUACUCCCCAUGUACAGGUUUUAUGGUGUUUUGGAAAGUUAAAGGGUCAAAUGUAAGAUUUGCCAGUUUCUGUUUUUGCAAAUUGAAAAUGUUGCCUUUGAGAUGGUAUGGCAGCCCAGAAAUGAAAAUUAUCCCCACCAUGGUAUACCAUUUGAAUAAGUAGACAACCCACGGUAUUCAAAAUGGGGUAUGUCCAGUGUUUUUUAUUAGCCAUUUAGUCCAAAACGGUAGCCAAAGUUAGCGUUCAUAUUUGUUUGUUUUUCACAUUUUUUACACAAAAACUGCGGUUUUACUGGUGAUAUCAUCGUUGUGAUAGGUUUUACUGUGUUAUAACACAUAUAUUUGUGUUCAACAAAGUCUCCCAAGUACAAUAAUACCCCUCAUGUCCAGGUUUUAUGGUGUUUUGGAAAGUUACAGGGAUAAACAUAGGGCUUGCAAAUUAAAUUCCCUGGACUUGCUGCCUGGGUUGUCAGACUGGUCCCUCAAAUUAUAAUCAAUAAGAUGACUUAAUUAUGUUAAAUAAUUACAUAAAUAUACACUUAGAAUUUUAAUAUAUAUACAUAUAUGUGUUUAAAUCCUACGUGUAUAUUUAUGUAAUUAUUUAUGUAAUUAUAUCUAUUUAUAUGUAUAUAUUUUUAUUUAUAUAUAUAUAUAUAUAUAUAUAUUAUUUCAUUCUAAGUGUAUUUUAAUAACAAUAUAUAUAUUUAUAUCAAAAUACUUUUAGAAUGAAAUUGCAUAUAUAUAUAUAUAUAUAUAUAUUUUAUUAUUUAAUUUAUUUAAUGUAUUUAUUAUUUUAAUUGUAGUUAUAUAUAUUUAUAUAUACAUAUAUGUAACUCCAUAAAAAGUGUAUUUUGAUAUUGAUAUAUUUAACUAUCAAUAUGAAAAUACACUUAUUAUGGGUUAUAUAUGUAUAUGAUAUGUAUAUAUUAUAAAUAUAUGGAAUAUAUAUAAUAUAUAUAUCAUAUAUACAUAUUUAUUUAUUCCCCUGAUUGCUGUAUUAACUUUUUUUUUUUUUACUAUUUCACCAUCAGGUGUACUGCCUGUCCGUUUUAGGCAGUCCCUCUGCAGGCAGCAGCAUGGGCAGCUAUGCCUUCCAUGUGGUCACUCUUUCAGUGAUCCCAUGGCCCCUGGGGCCUAAAUUGCCGAGGUGGGACUGCCUGGGCUGUCAGGCAGUCCCCCAGAAGAGGAUUGCGGUGGUGGUGAGUAGGAGCUGACCGCUGGGGCUUAAAGCCGUUAAGGCGUUCUAUGCCACUGUAACGGCUUUAAAGCCCAUUAUAAUGCAGAUGGCAUAGAACACCCUAACGGCGUUAAGAGGUUAACCUGCAAGGAAGAUUCUUUCAUCUUCACUACCAGCCCAUGCAGAGCCAGCCUUGCUUUAAGCCUUUUUGGGCUAGUGAGGAGAUCAAAGAUGUUCCUUACUAGCCCGCUGGCACUUAGUUCCAGCAGAGGGAGGGAAGGGCCUGGGAGGCUCUGUGUUCCUCCCACGAGCAGGCUGAUCGGAGCAUUGCCGAACAUUACCAUGGCAAUGCUUCGAUACAGUGCUGUGCUCGCAGGAGGACAGGAGAGUCAGCCUGCAGUCGGAGGAGCUGCAGGCUAAAGUGAACAUGCCAACACUGGACCACCAGGGCUUGCAGCAUUAUGUCCCCUCCUCCCUGGUAAAAGGUAAGAAGAAGGCAGUGGGAGACAUUAAGAUAGAUUUUCACAUCUCACUCAUCUACCCACAGCAUAAACCCUACCCUAUGCACCCUUCACACACAAACACACUGCCCCCUCACACACACCCUUCACACACACACUGCCCCCUCACACAGAAACACAAACACUGCCUCCCUGACACACACACACACACUGCCGCCCAAACACACUGCCCCUUCACAUACACAUUCCCCCUCACACUGCCCACUCACACACAGCACCCUUUACACACACACAACACCCUUCACACACACACACAACACCCUUCACACACACACACAGCACCCUUCGCAGACACUGCACCACUCACCCACACACUGCACUCUUCACACACACUGCCCCUCACAUACACACUGCUCCCAUCACACACACUGUACCUCUCACACACACAAACAGCACCUCACAGACACACAUAGAAAAAAAAUAGAGUUGAAAAUGGGGAAAAAAUGUGAAGAAAUAGAUAAAUGUAAGGGCAUAUUUUUUUUUUAUUUUUUUUUAAACCUCCUUUCUAAAAAAAUGUUAAAAAAUAUCACACUUGUGCUAUAAAAUUAGUUACUGUGACACUGGUGGGUGGUGAAGAGAUUUUACCGUCAACAAAGAUACAAAAGUGAGCAGUAGGUAUUAAAAGGUUGACUACCCUUGAUCUAAAGUAUAACAUUAAAUAUCAGUGUGAAUAUAUAUGUUGUUAUAUCAGAGUGUUCACUGAAAGAUUCCAGUUUUGUUUGUUUGUUUGUUUAUAUGAAAUGCCCUGUGAGUUGAACAGACACAGAAAACUUUUUUCAUGAAGUAUAAACCUUUGACUUAUACUUUUGCUGGUGACUCCCAUAGAGUAAAGUAUACAUUAUUUGCCUGAAUCAAAACUUGCACUGUAGCACACAUCUAAAGUUAGCUUGCACAAAGUAAAAUCCCAAAUAGCAUAACAAAGGUGUAUUGGCUCUGCUUAAAUCUUAUUGAGUGUGACCUAAAAAAUUUAUAAAAACAGGUGUUUCCCUACCACCUCUAUUUAUAAAUAGAAGGCUUUCUUGGUAAGAAUAAAGUAAAAUCCCAUUAAUGUUGGAAUGUACAUAUUGUUUUUUUAAUUUAUUUUUGGUUGAUUUUGCUAAUUAACUCUUGUGCUCUCAAGCUGCUCUGCAGUAGAGCGGUCAGAAUGACAAUUAGACUCACACAUCUGAUGUACAUUUGAUGGAACAGGAAGCUAGUAUAAGUUUGAUGGUUUUAUAUUUGGGACGACAGAUCGAUGAAGAAGAAAGAACCCUGAAACAUUUCUGGUACACGUCAUGGCCGGACCAGAAGACCCCAGACCAGGCACCACCUCUGUUAAAGUUGGUGCAAGAUGUGGAAGAGGCCAUACAACAAGCAGACCAUACUGACGGCCCUAUUGUUGUACAUUGCAGGUAAUUCAGUUAUUGCACUUUCUUUACAAUAUACUUAAAAGCACACAUUUUAAACUAUAUGUAGUUACUAAAAAUGUAAUUGUUACUUGAUAGAACAGGCUAUUUUAUUGCUACCAGCAUUCUUUACUUUAAUGCAAAAUAGGUUUUAAAUUCACAUGUAGGAAACAUUAAAGGACCACUAUAGGCAUGAAGAGAACUAAUUUCAAUGAAGAGGUCUGGAUGCCCUGUAGUUUAGUAGAUAUAGACAUUUUUCUAUAUCAGACCUAAAGAAACCUUUGGUGGCUAUCUUCUUUACAGCCACUAGAGGGUGCUUUCACUGCGACGACUGAAUCAGACUCAGUAAUGUGAUGUUCGACGACCUCACAUAUUGCAUGAGGACAUUGAACAUCCAUUAAUGUUGUUAUUAUUAUUAUUAUUAUUACUGCCAUUUAUACAGCACCAACAGAUUCCGUAGCGCUUUCCAAUAUUAUGAGAGGGGGAUUUAACUAUAAAUAGGACAAUUCCAAGUAAACUUACAGGAACGAUAGGUUGAAGAGGACCCUGCUCAAACAUGCUUACAAUCUAUAGGAGGUGGGGUGUAAAACACAUUAGGACAGGAAAUAGCAAUCAAACAAGGUGGAGUGAAGCAGAGCUGGAGGAGAGAGUAAUGUGCUGCCCUUUAAGAGAGCGCAAGAGACAGGUAUGUUCAUCCUUUAAAGACUCUAGUGAAAGGAAUACAAAGUUGCAUUCCUAGCACUAUUAUACCCUAUUAUACCCUAUAGUGCCACCCUUCCUCCCAAAUCAAUACUUUCUUUUGGGUGUUAAGCUGACGCUGAAUGUCCUUAUGCAGAACAUACCAAAUGUCCACUAAGGGCCCGGAAGUGCCUCUAGAGGCUGUCUGGUAGACAGCCACUAGAGGUGGAGUUAAUACAGCAAGCUAAUUAUUGCAGUUUAUUAAUAACUACAAUAAUUACAAUUGCAGGGUUAAGGGGACAGGGACACUGUACCAAGACCACUUCAAUGAGAUGAAGUGGUCUGGGUACCUAUAGUAUCCCUUUAAAUGCAUCCUUUAAUAAUUGAAUGCAAUGCUUCCCUAUAAGCAGCAUUUGAUUGGAUGAGAGUGGUUGUCAAACCCAAUCCUUUUCUAUGACACAAACUGGAUUGGACGAACAGACAAAGAGGAGACUGCCUGUGGCUCGUUAUUGCCUGAGGUGGAGUGGGCAGCUGCUUAAUGUGAGUCUCGACACUAGAAAAAAGGUGAGUAAACCUUUUUAUUUUUCAUUAUUUUUAAUUUUUAUAUUUAGGUGGGCUAUCUAAUCUAGGGAGUAGAAAACUACAGGGUUAGCAAUAUAUGUUUGUAAUCCUAACGCCAUAGUGUUCCUUUAAAUAUAUAUUAAAUGUAUAGCAUAUAACAUUGCAUUAAUUAGAUGUAUACCUUGUUUUCAGUGCGGGAAUUGGAAGAACUGGCUGUUUUAUUGCCACCAGCAUUCUUUGCAAGCAGCUGAGAAAUGAGGGGAUAGUUGAUAUUUUACGAACCACAAGUCAGCUGAGAUUAGACAGGUAAGAUAAUGUUCAAUGUUUAUCAUUUUAUUUGUUUUAAGGAAUUUCCUUAUUUAUGUAAAACUGGCGAUUAAAAAGCAUGGAGACACAACCUAUGAGCUGAAUUUGGAGAAGUUUCGGGAAAUGCAAACUUAAAUAUGCCAAGCUCUAACAAACAAGUGAAACAUGCACCCUGACAAAAUUUAAUUAGACUGAAGAUCAUUAAAACAUUGAUACAUUAAAUCUAGAUGAAGAGUACAGUGUUUCUUUAAGUUACCUCUGUACAACACUAUGGCCUUGAUUUAAUUUGUUUGAAUAAGAAUCAGAAGUAAUUCCAAUCUGUUAAAACAGAGGUUGCCAAACUGUGUGCCGUGGCGCCAAGACAGGCACACAGGGGAGCCACAAAAUAUUUCACCGGUGCUGUGAUCAUAUGAUGAUAGCACCGGGAACUGUGCUCUCCCCAGGGAGGGAGGGAGAGAGGACCCGAGGGAGCUCUAACCUGCAGCUCUGCCGGGUUCUCCUCUCGCAAGCUUGGAGCGUUGCCGCGAUUACCACCAUUUAUUUAUUAAUCUACCCUCGAACCCCACAGACCUACAAUAAUUCUCCCCUAUACACACACACUGCCCCCCAUACACACUGUACCCCUCACACACACUGCCCCCCCAUACCGCAAUAAAUGCAUGCAUGUUUUCAUUGGAAGUGUCUCUACUAAAUUGUUAAAAGAAUAUAUAUAUAUUUUUUCCCAUUGGAGUGUUUAUAUAAAAGUCUUGGACCUGUCAAGUUCUUAAAAUAUAACAUUUUAUAAUUUUUUUUAUUUCUUUUUAAUGGAAAGAAUUUGGGUGUGAAGGAGUUAAAAUUGGGAUAUCCAUUCAAUAAAAUAUAGCUAAAUUCUAUGAGAAAUAACCUAUAUUUUUCUUUUAGGGGAGGAAUGAUUCAAACAAAUGAGCAAUAUCAGUUCGUUCAUCAUGUACUGAGUUUGUACGUAAAACAGCAUUCUCAUACAGUAGAAGAAUAACGCAGGAGUCUUGGCGCAUUUUUUAUUUCCUUGACGCAUCUCAACUUUACUGGGAUCUCAUUUCCAGCAUGUGGUCAACCUGGAAAGUGGAACUCAGUGACUACACAACUGAUGUUAGCAGCGAGUGGUGAAAACUUUUAAUAUGAUUAGUUAAGGGCAGUUCUAAGAGAACCGAAUAUGUUACACAUAUUUAUGUACGCAUUUAAGAACUAGAACUACGCGUUCAAUUAUGGCUCAUAUUAAGGGACAUCGUUCACACAAAAAAACAAAAACAAAUUUCUAUUGUAAAUAUGACUAGUCAGAUCAAUUUGUACCACAAAUCAAGAAAAACCUAUGUAUUUUUCAGGGUGGGGGGUGGACACACACACACACGUGCACACAGACAUAUGGGAACAGGUGCAAAAAAAAAUUGCUUAUAAUUACAGUGUUGCGGUUUCAUGCAGAAUUCUGUGACGUGAAUAUUUACGCUGACAAGUACUUUUUUGCCUUUUUUUCUCUGAACUGUUUUUACAUUUUUAAUUACCGAAUACUGUGUCAUAUGAUUAAAAAAAAACAUGUUAAACCUCUGUAACCUAGAAUAUGUUCAUGUCAGCAUUAUGUUUUAGUACCUCACCUCGUAAUCAAACCUAAGUGUGGACAUGUAACCUGUUAUAGCUCUGCAGUCAUGCUUUUAGCCCCGUGGAUGUCACAGGGAAACCUGUUCAAAGGUUUAUUAAAAACACAAAGAAUUGAAAACAGAAUUAUUACAUUUAGGCCAAAGUGGGUCAACUGGCAAACUCAGCUAUAAUCACAGUUUGACUAUUUAAGCCUAAAUUUCAUAGCUCUAUCUUUAGUUCACCACAAUUCAUUGUUUUAACUAUUUUUAAAAGCAGAAUACAAAUGUUUUUGAGAGUUUACAGAAUAUUUUUACAGACUUAUAAACCGGGGGAUUUUGAAAUUUUAGAUGCGUUAAUGUGAAAAUGUAAUGAUAAUAUACCUGCAGUAAAACAUUAUUACUAUACAGGAGUUUACGUCACAAGAUAGAGGGCAUGCUCAUUUUAUUAAGCCUGUCGAAUUACGGGGGGGGGAAAAAUCUCUUGAAAUUAAUCCUAUAAUCGUUCAGUAUUGAUAAAAUGACUCAUAGUAUUAUCAAUAAUGUGCCAACAUAUUCAUCAGUGUUGUACAAAUAGUUAAGACAAGAACACUGAGUUCUUAAUAUGAUAACUGUUACAUGGUUGAAAAUAUCCUGUCAUAGGUCAGGGAAAUCAAAUCAAGGACCUGUUAAUCUAAUAACCGAAAUACAUCUAGCCUUUCUCUGUUGGCACAAUAAAUACAUCGUAUUAUAAUAUGACCCUGUUUAGGGAGUCAGCUUUGAAUUUUCACCUGGCACUCCACCUAGUGGUAAAUCCAUAUAACAGCAUGCAACAUAGAUUGAACCACAGUGCAAGGAUUGCUUUACUAAGAGAGGAUUGAUAAUUGUGUUUUCCUGUUUUGAAACAGCACUGACAAAGCUCCGGCCUACUCUUUCAUAAUUCCUAUCAAAAAUUAAGUCUUGCAUAUUACGCUCCCUACAUAUAGAGAAAGUGUUUUAUUUUUCAUUGUAAAUCUCGCACUAGAAAUAUGUUACAUUGUGACCAUUGGUUUGAAUUAAUUUGCUUAUUUACCUUUGGGACAUGUAAUUUCUCUCCUUAGUAAACCAAUGAUAAAAUGUACCAUGUUCAGGCAAAGUAUUUAUUACUCUGAUGCAUUUGCAUUGACUGUGCUAUGACUUCAACCAACAAAUUAGCUUACUUGAGCAAUAGCUUAAUAAUCCCGGGCGAAGUCCACGUAUAGAUGAUAGACACCUGACGUACCAAUUGUGUAGGGUUCUGAAACCAAAUAUACUUAAGAGCUGCAGUUAUUGUUUUCACUAACCUUGAAAAAGGUAUGACUAUAGAGAUCAUAACAAAAAUAAUCUCAAAAAUAUUAGGGUCAGCUGUAAAAUGUUAGAGGCUCUGGCCAAUAGUUUGCCAAAUCUCAAGCUACGAUACCACGUUAUUGCCAGUUUAUCAGGAGUAAUAUGUGUCGAUGUUAUUGCUUGUGUUUUUGUUUACAGCUCACAGAGACUAAAUUAUGAAACUUAGGGCAAAGAUUCCACUAUAAAUAUAAUAUAUAAAUAUUGUAAAUUAUGCAUGUUAAACAGAUGUAUCUAUGUGUACAUGACUUCAUUGGAUGCCAUUUCUAGAAUGUAGUAGAUAUACUCAAUACUCAAUACUCGAAGAAAGUGUCAUUGUGUAUUGUAAGAGAAAUGGUUGGUGUGUUACAUAGUUGUCUAGGUUGAAAAAAAACAAGGUCCAUCAAGAUCGACCUUGUUAAAAUAGUCCACAUAUAGAAAGGAGCUCUCACCAAAAAUACUUUACUACUUUCAUGGACAUUACUCUUGGAGGUUAUCCUCUUUCUUGUUCGGACAGCAUGGAAUAGAAUUGCUAGUUGGUGGUCCUCAUACUCAGUAGACCUUAUACACCAUAGUGUACAUGGUAGUACAUUGUGGUUGAGAAUGUGCAUACAAUACUACAUAUAGAUUCCUCCAGUUUUAAACAUUUCUAAACAAAAUGGUCUUUUGUAGAAACCAUUUAAAUCCAUUCUCACCUAUAGUGGUUUACAAUCUAUAUAUAGCACACAUAUACUACAGAGUAAAAAUAAACCAUUAACUAAAUAGUAGCCAUAUUCAACUAAAAGAUUGCAUAUAAUGCAUUGGCAGAAGGGGUUGUCUUUAACCUGAUACUAAUUACUGCAUUAUCUUUAAAAUCACAUACAGGCAGUUUAGUUUUACGGUACACAUGUCACCGUGAAGAACCAUUUUUUUAACGCCCAAAAUGUAUUUAAACAACAACAAACCUCUCCCGCACCCCCUAAUCUAACAGACAUUUGAACAUCUAGAAUAAAUAUAGACUGAUUGGCAAUGUAUUGGGUUGUUGGUACCAAGUGGAAGAGGAGAACAAACUAAAUUAUAGUAAUAACUCUGCCAUUGACACUAUAGAUGACUAUGCGGCCAAGGCAUCUUAUAGAGACGAAAGAUGAAACUCAUUGGGGCAGAUGUCCCCUCCUGUCUGUAGAUACCCAUGCAUGCUUAAUUAUUAAAGUUCAAUCAUGUUAUAUUUGGUAAUUAUCUACUCUGAAAUGUUUACAUUAUUGUGAUUAUAAUAUAUAAGCAUGUAUAAGUACGGAUUAUGGAAUGCAUAAAUGAGCGAGCUACUAGAUAAGUAUACAUUUGUGCUAUGUCUCAGUUGUGAACACUGCAUUCUAGAAUUCCACUCAGAGCUGUGCUUCUAACUUUGAAAAAAAGUGUGAUGCUCUUAGAAAGAGAAUAGUGCGAAGGUGUAUACAUUUUAUAUUCUGUGCAUCAUUUUAUAUUUUCCAAGACAGCAUGCUAGAAUAGCUUUUUCAUUAAAUCAAGGUAAUAAAGGACGGUAGUGCAACAUCACAUUAGAGCAUCAAUAGUCAACACAGUGUUGACUCCAUAAAUGUUCUAGAGAAUAACAUUUAGAGAUUUUACUUGAGAAUUACCCUCUGAGCAAUACACUAGAACAGGCAUGGGCAACCUUCGGCACUCCAGAUGUUUUGGACUACACCUCCCAUGAUGCUUUGCCAGCAUUAUGGGUGUAAGAGCAUAAAGGGGGAUGUAGUCCACAAUAUCUGUAGUGCCGAAGGUUGCCUAUCCCUACACUAGAAUGUUUACACAGGUGCAUUUAACUCAUGGAAAUGGAUUGGUCUGUGAGCAUUCUAGAAUUCUAAUUAGAACAGCGUUCUAAAGAUGUAAACAUCUGAUUCUAGAAUUCAGAGCAGUAUUUUCCAUUCCUGUUCAAAGUCGUUUUCUAGAAUUUGGUUUAAAGGAGCUUUCUGUUAUUCCACACAGUGGUAUGUUGGAAUUCACCAUUUUAGAAUCCUAACAAUCAGUGUCACUCAAAAAUGUCCAGCACAGUAUUCUAGAAAUCCACACAGAGCAGCUUUUUACAACUUUACUCACAGUAAGAGUUUGGAAUUUCAGUAACACCCAGCAGAGUGUUAUGCUUGAAUUAGAAUUGUUUUAAUAAUUGCUAACAGUAUUCCAGAGUUCUAUUUGGGACAACAUUCUAGAAUUCCCCACAAAGCAGUAUUCUAUCCUUUCUCUUCGAGCAAUUUAACAUUUAACACAUUCUAGAACUCCACACAGAGCACAAUACAGAAAGACAUACAUAGACUUAAAAUCCCCAUUGAGCAAUGUUUCAAGCAAAAACCAUAACAUACUUACUGAUAAAAAAAAAUAUAUCACAUUCAUGCCCAUUGUUGGCAUUUAGAAUAUUUUAGAGUAAGUUGAUCUGUGUAUUGAAUUUUAUAAACCUGUUCAUUUGUCGUAUAUUGGUCACCAAAAAAAACCCAGAAUAAAGGCACUAAAUCAUAGAAAAUCACAUUUUUGUAUCAUAGUAUACACCAUAUCCCUAUAGAUAAAGAAAUAAUUGUUUUAUUGAAAUUAUGUAUUUAUAAAAAAAAAAAAGUACUUUUUUUAAGAGUCCUAGUAUUCUAAGGAAGAUGUUCAUCACAUACAUAAAAUCUAUAUAUCUCCCAUCAUCAAAGAACUGAUUAGAUUUCUGAACUGGAGUGGCCACAUGUUCAAUCUCCAGCUAUUGUGGAUUUAUAACUCCUAUAAUGUUUAGUCUAUUUUAAAGUUGGUAAAGCAUCAUGGGGGAUAAAGUUAAAAACAGCUGGGGAUCUACCUUUUGGCCAUUGCUGUAUUAGAGUCAAUAUGAGAUUACCAUGUCACAGAUAGGACAGGUAGAGACAUGAAAAACUAAAUAUAUAUGAGUAUUAAAUAAAGAUACAAUAUUUAUUAAAUGCUCUUAAAGACUCCAUUAGAAUUUCUUUGAAUAUCCAUCACAGUCAAAAGAAAUCCUAAUUUUUGUCAGCCAUCAAUAGUAACAGCUGUGAGAAUCAGGCAUUGCUGACACAAUAUCUAUGGAAGCUCCAGCGGUUUUGUGGGAUUCUCCAUAGACAUCAGUGUUGUGACCUUGCGCUUGCUCAUGACUCAUGACCAGGAGCAUGGGCUGCUGGCAAAUGAAGCUCCAGGAUCUGAAGAAAGAAGAUAGUGGUGUCCACAUGGGCACAGCUUCAGGUAGGUAUAAAUUAUCACUGCUGCACCCAGGUGGAAAUGUCACCUUUGGGAGUCUUUGCAAAACAUGCAAAGACCCCCGAAAGUGACAGAGCCGCUUUGUAGAAACAAUCUAAUUGAGAAAAAAAAUUAAAAUCACUCAAAUUCUUUGAGGAGCAUUGGACAUUUUCAGCAUUAUCAUGCUGUGUGUGACGAUGCUGAAUGUAAAGACCUUAAAAAAUUUACGAUCUUAAAGAGGAAGUGCAUUUAGUAGCUGUCAAUUGGACAACCGCUAGAGGCAUGCUCCAGGACAAAUGUCAACAUUGAUAGAUAUAGUGGUUUUGGCACUUGGAGUGUUCCUUUAAAAUCUACACCUACCUACUAAUUGAGUUUCUCUGAGCUUGUUCUAUUUCCACUUGUGCUAAAAAAUAUAUACCACCAACGCCAGCUUUUAACUCAUCUUUCCUGAGCAUGCAGUAAAAAUGCAGCAAAAUAUAUAAUCUAUUAGAUGCUAUGUUUCUUUAUUUUCUUAAUUUUUUUUACAUCACGUUAUUCAAACUUCUCAGAUUGCCAUGUGCAAAUAUAAAGUACCUUCCAAUUGCUAAUUAUUAUCACAGUUUAGAAAUGUGACUAAUUCAUGGAUUGUAAAAUGUUUCACAAUGUUUAUGUUACGAGCCUAUGAGCUAAUUCUCUCCCUUUUUCACACCCAAACUUAAUGAUCUUAAAGUGUGUGCCUCUGCAGAAAAUUCACUGAUGUGAACACAGGCAAAUGGACACAAGGAAUUGUUUGGAACUGAGAUGGCAAUUUAAAAAUGUAUAUUAAUAUAGCUGGGCUGAAAGAAAAGUUGAACCAGAGAAUGUUUCAAUAAAAUUUUACAUUUCCUUGUCUGUUUUCUUCAAUUUCCAAAUUUAGAGGAUGAACAACACAAUGUACUGUAUGUACGGAAACAGAUUAUAUAUAAGGCUCAUUGCUCAAGAGAGCUCAUUUUUAAAGGGCACUGAAUGAGAAUUGAGUGUGAAUGAAUGUUAGUCCCACCCUCUUUGUGCAUAUGCCCCACCUACAUUUGUCUUAUGCCUCGCCCACAACAUGUUACAUGUAAAUUAUUCAUUUUUCUUUGGGGUAGGUAAGGGAGACGUACUUACAACUUUUUCUGUCUGUAAAUGUAAAUACAUGUUUGCCCUUUGAGCAUUCCAUUCUGUCAACAUUCCCAGUCCAAUUGUCACAUGCCUGGUGUGUUCAUUUCAUUUCUAAAGAAAAGCAUAUUUUUUAUUGUUUGUUUCUGAUAAUCUGAGUUUGUAAAUAGCUAAACCCCUCCACUGCCACAAAAGAUCAAGCAAACCAACGCAUUUCUCUUUGGCAGAAGCGAGGUAAGAUACCUAAAGGGUUUAAAUUGUUUAAAAAAAAUAAAUACAAUGUUUUUUUAAAAAGACAUCGCACGGGCAUUUUUAGCAUUUUUAUGAAUGUUAUAGAUAAACCACCUUCAAAAUGUUUUCAAUGUCAUUUUUAUCGAUGUAGACUGAUGUGGUUUUUGCAUCAAAUAAAG